AUGGACCCCUCCAUCUCCCACCGGCCUUGGGAGACCACCGGCUCACACACUCCUCCGGUUUCGUCUUCACAAACUCUCCCUUCCAUCUCGACUUUGACGGCGAGCAUGAACGGUCAUGUUGUUCAUCCGGCAGAAAAAUCACCCGGCAACCUGUCGCUGAACACCAUUGAACGAGAUUCGGGGAACUGGUCAAUGCCUCAUAGCACAAGAUCCUCCACCUAUUCAACCGCAACAACCAGCACCAGCAACUAUCCCUCCCUCCAAUUCCUUACCUCUCAACAACCUUCUCCAAACCGCGUCUCCUGCGUCCCUGAUCGAUCCCCCUACCCUCAUGACCACUCCAACAGCAAUACUCCUUCCUCUACCGGUGCCCAACACUCUCCUGGCUAUGGCGCCUCCGCUCAACCACAUCCUUCCACCCUUCCCUCCAUAAAUUAUAACCAUGAGGCCGCAUCGCAACGAGGUAGCAUCGCAGAUCCUCCCGAGUCGCGACGGAGCAGUAUCGACAGCCGCAUGAACCAAGGGAUCAGCUCAUUGGCCAUCAACCCCUCCUCACCUUACCACAGCACUAAUGCCUCUCAAACAUCCAUCGUCUCCAGUCUCCAACGCGAACGCGGUAUUGCUACAGACAUGGGAAUCUAUCGCGGCCCUCGUUACUCGGGGGGGUCGGCCAUGUCACCGCUCGGUCCACGAACGAGCGAGCAUCGCAGCUUUGCGGCAGGCCGCACUGCACCCGCCAUCUCCAACAAUCCUCGCUCUGAAAUCUACAAUGCAGAGGCACCGACCGCGGGUCUCGCCUACGCUUUCCCUGAUCCGGAUGUUACUCGAUCCAAUUCCCUUUCCUCGUCUACCGAAAAGUCUACACCGCAGUUUUCGCGGAAGGGAAGCACAGCAGACUCGAUCAGCAGUUUGUAUUCGGAUGCGCGUUUGCCCCGGGGUCAGCAUGAACUCCCCCAAAGCGUGCACCACCAUAGUUUACAGCAUAAGCAAGUCCGGGAUCUCAUUGGAGAUCCCGAUCCGGCCGGAAAUACACCUUACAGCCGGACACCCGAGCUGAGAGUUACCCAUAAGCUGGCGGAGCGAAAACGCCGCAGCGAGAUGAAGGAUUGCUUUGAAGCUUUGCGGGUGCGACUUCCGCAGGGCCAGACCAACAAGUCUAGUAAAUGGGAAACCCUUACACGAGCAAUCGAAUACAUCUCGCAUUUGGAGAAAAACCUGGGUGGUGUCCGUCGGGAGAACUCACUCUUACGGACCGAGGUGGAAGAUUUGCGUGCCCAGCUCAGUCAGCAGCAAAACGGCCAUGCACGGACUCAAUCGAUGUAUGAUCCCCAUUCAAUGGCCGGACCGCACACGAACGGCCACGGUCAUGGUCAUGGCCCGGUUUUUCAUUACAACCACGGCCCUGUGAUUACCCACGAACAACCACGAACACUUCCGCCGCUCAUGAAUGGAUCCUCAGCGAUGCAAGGAGUGCAAUACACGGACGAGCGACGGUAA